AUGCUGGCCGAGCUGACGCAUGUGGGUGUCACUGUGCAGAUGCCAUUGAGCGUGCUCCACGAUUGCCUUACUCUCCGCUGCAUUCACACACAUUUCGACAACUGCUCGCAGUAUGCCAAAAGUUUCGAUACUGUGAUACCCGAAUCGAUCAAGGAUCUGACAGCUGGCAUACUCAGUAUCGAGGACUGCCUGGCGAAUGAGUGGCUAAUGCAGGUUGAUAUUCAAGCGGAGCUGCUGGAUAAUAUGCUGCAAAAGCGUGAAGCCUAUGAGGAGAUUAUGCGUAUUAUAGCCGAGCGCACAGAGAGGGCGGCGAAAGAGAAGAAGGCCAAUGAGGGCAAGACUGUGAAGGCCAUUGCCAUUCCUAAGGCGCCCAAAGAGCCACCAUCGGUGCCGCAGGGCAUGCUGCCCGAUGCCUACUCAGCAUUCCUGGAACAGGAACAGCAACAAUAUGUGGAAAUGCUGGAUACACAGUACAAUCCGUUGAAUUUGAAAAUGAGGCUAGAUGAGAUAAAUCUGCGGCAAUACAUUUUACUGGGCGGUUUAUAUUCGGUGAUGUUUGUGCGACGUCCGGGGAAUACGCAUUUCGAGAAGUUCAACAUUAUACUGCACGAGGAUGGUCGAGUGUUGCACACCAUGGAGAACGUGGUGGCCGAUUUGCAUCCCAAGCGACACGAUGAUCUCCACGAACGACAUUCCCGGCCCUCGCAGCGAACUUCCACAUCAUCACAAGGACGCUCCAAGUCGCGCAUGCGUCUCCAAAUGGAUGCAAAGCAGCGCAAGUCCAGCAAGCUGGAGGACGAUGAGUUGCCGUAUUUCUUUGUGACCUUACAACUGGCCCCGGAGAUGUGCAGAUGGGGCGAACCAACCGCUUGUCAAUACAUCACAACGAUGGAGGAAGUUGUGUCAGACAUUUCAUUCAUUGUCGAGGAGAAAAAGGAGUCAACAGGCAAGAAAAAGAAAUCGAAAUUCGAGUCAAUCAUGAAAUCCGUGGAAGUGGAAACUCGACCAAGCGUAUUUACAAAAAUUGUUCGUCGCGAUUCAGCGAUUAGCAAUGUGUUUCGUCCCACGUUGAUCUCGCUGCUGCGCCAAAGUAAACGUGUUACGGUUGGCACAAGGACGAUGCCUGUUCAUAACUUUUCGCUGCUUAAGCAAUUGACUCACCUGGAGAUACGGCAACUAGAGCGUUAUGGUGUGCCCCGUGUCAUAUCAUCCUUGAAGUUCCCGUUGGAGGUGCGCGAAGAGUUGGAGCAGCUACACGACCAGAGGCCAAAGAACAAGAAUAUGUUGAUGCGUCGUCGCAGUGCCGAUGUCGAGGAGAUCCUUGAUCUAGGCUACAUCGAUUUCAAUUUUGAGGAGCAACAUGCACCCGAACGUGUCUUUCCCAUCUUCUCGAAUGUAGAGACAGUGCGGUAUGUGGAUAUGCAACUGGAAGAAGAUGAACAUUUGGAUAAGAAAUCCAUUUAUGGUUUGCUAGAGACCUUUGACAAUAUACGCUCACAAUAUCAAACAAACUAUGCGCUCAUCAUGAAUCAACCGGACUUUCAGCAUAAGAAACCGGCGGUGUCUAAAAAGGCGGUUGUUCCCGUCCCAGAUAAUCGCUCUACGGUCACCGGUCGAGUCAAGUCCCUGGUUGGAAGGAAAUCAGAGAGUCGACUGCCAUCGUUUCGCAGCAGUCACAUUACCAGUUUAUCCGGCUCGGGUUCCCGUAGCGCUACCUCGGUGCACACUGAACAGUUGUCGGACACCGAUGCGACGACCAACAGCAGGAUGACGUUCUCCACUGAUGAUAAAGAGGAGAAGCCCAAGGUUAAAGUGACACACUGGACAACGAAACACAUAAUCACGAGCACUUUCAACCGAAACGAACGCACUUUGACCAUCAAAACGGAUCGUCUGGGAAUCUUUGGGUUGGCCUUUAAGCGCUACGAACAUUUCCCAUUUCGCGACUGGAGCAUGCAACCCAACGAGGAGAAUCCCGAUGAAAUCGUACUGACUGUCGAUACUUUCCACGCUCGGAUUGUGCUCUAUAUUUCGGCACAGGGUGUCAGGGGUUAUGUGACGGAUAUUACCAAGGGUUAUGUGGCUCAUCCUGUUAAGUAUUUGGAUAUACCGACGCCUAUUGCUGAUUUUCGAGUCUUGCGUAAGAAAUUCUACGACAAGUGCAUCAACAUCUUUGCGGAGCACGAUGCCAGCUUCUACAUCGACAAUGGUUAUUUUUCGGUGAAGCACGUGGCCACCGAGGAUCACACCUAUGACGCAAUGGCAUUGCAUUGCAAACUGAUGAAAUUCACUCGCUCUAGCUGGAAUCGUUUGGCCACUCGUCGCAAUAUUCUGCUCUGCAUGAAGAAUGCCAAAGACCAAUCCGAUUACACGGAGGUGACGGUGCGCAUAACACCCGAUGCGGCCACAUUUGUGGAGGUUACCGAACUCUGUUCCGAUGAUCUCGACGUGAUCAAGCUGGACUAUAAGAAUACUUGGCGCAAUAUGAGCCACUAUACGGAUCUGCAUCAGGCAAUUGCCUCAAUGAAUCCUCAUGCCGUUGAUGUGCGGAACAAGGAUGUGCAGCUUUUGUCCCGGCUCAAGCGCAUGUUGAGCGAAAUUCAUAUUAUGAAUUUUUCCUAG